GUUUAAGUCUACAUUUUUAGUCGAGGUUUUAAAACUGAAGGUCGAGUGGUGCUCGUUAGGACCAGGAUGGAAAAUAUCAGCGAUGAUGAGCUGCGAUCAGCUUUGUCUAGAUAUUUAGAUGUUGUUCCACCGGUGACAGAAUCAACUCGAGCAACUUUGAUCGCUAAGCUGAAAAAGUGCAUAUCAAACGGUUCUGAAAGUUUAUUAAAGGAUACUCCACAAAACGGCAUAGAUAAUCUUAUCAACGUAACAGAAGAUAGACCAAUACAGACUUUAAUUUCCGACGAUAAUCGUGAAUCACCGAAAUAUGAGACGACUGAAGUACUACAUAAACCCUUGUCUACUAAAGAACUAUCUGCAAGUUUUAUGAAUGGGUUACCAGUACAAAACCACUCAUCUCCCAUACUAGAAUGUGUUUCUCGACUUCCAAGUUAUCGUCGUCGAUCUAUACAUCCAGACCGACCAGGAAUAGAUGACCCCUACGCUGAUGAUUUGGCUUGGUUUCCAUCGUUAUCCUCAACAAAAUGUCGUGAACCGUCCAGCAAACAAAAGAAGUCUCAGAACACGAAAGGAAUCCUCAGGGAAAAUCUUAUAAAAUCUUUUUUGUAUGUCAUCAUUGGUUUAAUGUCUGUCAUUCUCGAUUGUUGCUUUUCCUCCCUCUCUAAAUUAACGAGUAAGUUGGUUGUCUUUUGUGUUUAGUUUUUGCACAUAUCUGUGGUCAACUAAGAUUAAACAGAAUCAACCUUACCUCCAAGUUUAUGUUUCAUUAUGUUAAAAAAAAGUUGUUUUUCUAACUUAACCGGGAAAAUUUGGGCACUAGUGUGAUAGUGUCUCAAUUUGGAUGGAAAAACUUUGAAACGUCAGUCAGGCAAGACUUACAAGAUAAGUAAAAGUCAGAGUUAGGUUUAGACCACAAAUAGAUGUGUAACAACAAUUGUGAAGGUUCAGAAAUGUUAGCGACUAAAUCUUUUUCAUUUUUAUUCUUUUAUGACCUUUAUUAAUUUUCAUAUAAAAAUGCCCUGACAAGUAACUACUUGUAGUAUGUGCCCACGAAUGUUGUUUACCAUAUAAUGACUUGUAGACGUUUACCUUAUAGGUAAAUUAUCAAUUUGCAAAUAAGACCUAUAAUUUAUUCGCGAUUAUUCAAUUGAAUUGAUGUAUUACAAACUAACCACUUUCUCAAUUGUUUUUCCAGAUGCCGUAUCCACUUGUAUACCAUCUUUACGGAUCUGUCUUUGUGUCAUUUUAUUUGGAUUGCUUUUAUGUGGACUGUAUAAGCUUCUACUCGGGGAUCCAUUUUAUCAUAAUCCCGUGGAAGAUCUAUAUAACAUCAUACGGUUUCCUUUUGUUAAAUAGGCAUUGUUUAUUUUAUACUGGGAUGGCUUUGUAAUCCCGGUUCAAAAUACUUUAGUGUAUUUUUUAAAAUAGUUCUUUUUUAACCGUUUUGUACCAUACUGUCUACUUUUGUAUAUGUACUCAGUGUAAUGAAAUAUGAAUGUUCUGGUAUAUA